GUAAAACUUGCAUCUCACUAACUCAUCACUCAAAAUGACUGCACUAAACGUUACAAACAUGGUCGACCUAGACAUAGAGCUGGACAUCAUCGGCCAACAACCUUUCAUGGUCAAGAUCUACACCCAAGUCAGCUUCUGCUUCCCAAUCACCGACCCCUCCACACAUCCUGCCAUCACCGCCACCAUCAAAAAUGGCCUGCAGCGUCUCUCGCAGAGUUUCCCCUGGGUAGCAGGCCAGGUGAAGGACGAUGGUACGGGCGUAUUCAAGAUAAAACCAUUCGAGGCGACACCGAGACUGGUAGUCAAGGAUCUCCGAGAUGACCCCUCAGCACCGACAAUGGAGGGCUUGAGAAAGGCAGAGUUCCCCAUGAGCAUGUUUGACGAGAACAAAAUCGCGCCAAAGAAGACUCUUCCUAUUGGCCCCGAUUACUCGCCUGAUGAUCCUAUUCCUGUGCUGAUCUUUCAGCUCAAUUUUAUUGAGGGCGGGCUUAUACUCACUGUCAAUGGACAGCAUGGCUGCAUGGACAUGACGGGCCAGGAUGAGCUCAUUCGGCUACUGUCGAAGGCCUGUCGCGACGAGGCUUUCACGCAAGAAGAGAUAUCAACAAUGAACCUUGAGCGCAAGACCAUUGUUCCUCCUCUCAAAAAUUACGAACUCGGCCCGGAGCUGGAUCAUCAAAUCAUAAAACCCCCUCCAACCACUGAGACCCCACCAGCACCGCCAAAAGCAAGCUGGGCAUUUUUCUCAUUCAGUCCACAAGCCCUCUCUGAUCUCAAAGACAAGGCAACACAGACUCUUGACGCAGGCACGAAAUUCGUUUCAACAGAUGAUGCUCUCUCGGCGUUCAUCUGGCAAUCCGUCAGCCGCGCCCGCCGUGCUCGUCUAGAUGAUUCCACCUCGACUCAAUUCUGUCGCGCCGUUGAUGUGCGCACUCAACUGGAUGUACCCAAGAACUACCCAGGAAUCCUCCAAAACAUGACCUACAGCGUCUCGAAACUCUCUCAGAUCGCCAAUGAGCCACUCGGCAUCGUAGCAUCUCGCUUGCGGUCUGAACUCGGCCGUGAUGAUCUUCGCCGGCGAACACAAGCCCUGGUAACAUAUCUGCACGACCAGACGAACAGGGCAAGCGUAUCUGUCACAGCGGACGCGAAUCCAUCGACGGAUAUUAUGUUGAGUUCAUGGGCGAAGCUGAAAUGCUGGGACUAUGACUUUGGUCUUGGACUAGGAAAGCCAGAGAGUGUGAGGAGGCCGUUGUUCGAGCCGUUUGAGAGUUUGAUGUAUCUUAUGCCCAAGAGACCCGAUGGAGAAAUUACUGCAGCGUUAUCGCUGAGGGAUGAGGAUAUGGAGAUAUUGAAACAAGACGAGAAGUGGAAAAAAUAUGGGCAAUUCAUUGGCUAUUGCAUCAUGGAUCUGUCGGCGCUAGGUUUCCCUGGGGCGUUGCCCGACUGGAGUAACUUGAACGUCCUUCAUCGCAACACCCUCCCAGCUCGAGCGCACUUCUACUCCUUCCCUGAUCAAGAAUCCGCUCUCUCUUUCAAUCGGGAUCAGAGUUAUUUCCACAGUCUCAACGGAACAUGGAAAUUCCACUACGACGUCAGUCCCUUCGAUGCUCCCAUCUGGGAAACUGCCAACACAAGCUCAUGGGACGACAUCGAAGUCCCAGGCAUGUGGCAGCUGCAAGGCUACGGCCAUCCUCACUACACCAACAUUGACUACCCCUUCUCUGUCACUCCUCCCAACGUCUCAUACGUCAAUCCCACUGGUUCUUACUGGCGACAGUUUGAAGUACCUGAGGAGUGGGACAGUGAUCAGAUCAGACUGCGCUUCGAGGGCGUUGAUAGUGCAUUUCACGUCUGGGUCAACGGCGAAGAGGUUGGAUACGGUCAAGGGAGUCGUAAUCCAAGCGAGUUUGACAUUACGAACUACCUCUCCCCGGGUCAAGCGAAUGAUCUUGCUGUAAGGGUUUAUCAGUGGUCGGAUGGUUCUUAUAUCGAGGAUCAGGAUCAGUGGUGGCUCUCUGGUAUCUUUCGCGACGUUUACCUCAUUCCCUUUUCCGAAUCAUCCAUCAUAGACUUUCAGGUUGACUCUGAACUCAGUGACUCUUUUGAUGAAGGGUCGUUUAAAGUCAAUGUGACAAUUCAAGGGAAAGAGGAUGACCUUGCUAUCAACUUACUGUCGCCUAACGGUUCGGCUCUUCAUGAAUGGAAAGGAUCAUCUUCAGAUAUCUAUGAGAAAAGCCUUUCUGGGGAUGAUUUCCAUAUCUGGUCCGCUGAAACGCCAAACCUGUACACCUUGCUCAUCACCUUCAACGGACGGACUAUCAGUCAAAAAGUUGGUCUGCGUCGCGUUGAGAUUCAAGGGUCCAACUUUUACGUCAACGGAAAACCUAUCAUUUUAUACGGAGUCAACAGACAUGAGCACCACCAUCUCACUGGACGUACAGUCAGUUACGAAAACAUGCGAAAGGACCUUCUACUCAUGAAGCGUUCCAACAUUAACGCAAUUCGCACUGCCCAUCAGCCUCCCCAUCCUGACUUCUUCGACGUGGCUGACGAGAUCGGUUUCUACGUUAUCGCGGAAUCUGACCUCGAAUGCCAUGGUUUCGGUAGUCUUGAGGAAACCGAAGAAGAAGCUGCUGAGUGGCUCUCUAAUAAUCCCGAUUGGGAAGAGGCUUAUGUCGAUCGGGCUCGUCAGCUAGUCGAGCGAUUCAAGAACCAUGCCUCUGUCAUUAUCUGGUCUCUCGGCAAUGAGUGUUUUUAUGGUCGUAACCACGCUGCCAUGAGCAAGUGGAUCAAAGAGAGGGACCCAAGUCGGAUUAUUCACUACGAGCAAGACCGCAAUGCUACGUCGACGGAUAUGUACAGUCAGAUGUAUAGCACGCCUGACGAUGUAAGGGAGUUCAUCAAGACUCAUACUGAUAAGCCAAUUGUGUUGUGUGAAUAUGCCCAUGCUAUGGGCAACGGACCAGGUGGUCUCGUAGAGUACAUCGACCUCUUCAGAAACGAGCCUUUAUCUCAAGGUGGCCUUGUCUGGGAGUGGAGCAAUCACGGUCUCCUCAAGAAGGAAGAGAACAUUACGUACUACGCUUACGGAGGUGACUUUGGCGACGAGCCCAAUGAUGGUGACUUUAUCAUGGACGGUCUUGUCUUAUCUGACCAUUCGCCAAUGCCUUCAUUGAAGGAGUACGCCAAGAUCAUCCAGCCUGUCUCGGUGAAUUUGGCGAAGAAUGGAAGUGCAAUGACUGUUGUCAACCACUAUGACUUUUCUGACUUGAGUCAUCUCGAUGUUUCGUGGCAUGUUGUCGCAGACGGUCUCAAGACUGAAGCUCGUCCACUCGGCCUUCCAAGAGUACCCGCUGGAGAGAAUAGGACCGUGGCACUUCCAUCGGGGCUGAAUAUUACACAGAAUGAGGCAUGGGUCACGGUCGAGUUCAAGCUGAAGGAAGCUACUCUCUGGGCUCCGAAGGGCCAUGUCAUCGCUUGGGACCAACUUCACAUCCAACGAUCCGGCAUCAAAACGCAGGGCCUAUCGUUUGUCCGUCGUCAAGAGAGCGGAGAGUUCCAGAAGAAUGGAACCAAGCUCCUCUAUCAGAGUGGAGAUGCUUCCUUUGGAUUUGACUUGCUUCAGGGAAAUGUAACUUGGAACAUCAACGGCGUGGAUAUCUUCCAACGUGGCCCUGAACUCUCAUUCUAUCGCGCUCUCACACAGAACGAUGCGGCAUCUUCUGGCGAUGGACCGAUCUGGGAACAAGAAAAGAUUCCAAUGAUCUACCCCCAAGUCAGAGACGUGACCUGGCGCAUAGAUGAUGAUGGCGCAGUGGUGCAUUAUAAAGUCUGGGUUGGAGUCAAGACACGUGCUUGGGGCGUUGAAGCAGACAUGAUCUACAAGAUCCCCACUCAAGGUGCUCAGCUUCAACUCGAAGCUCGGGGCGAAUUUGUCGGCAAGAAUGAGUCUCAUGUCAUUCCCCGCAUCGGCCUCAUGGCUGUUUUGCCCGAAUCUUUCGACGACGUCUCAUGGUUCGGCCGAGGACCCGGAGAAAGCUACAAAGACUCCAAGCAAGGGUCCCGCAUCGGGCAGUACAGUUCCACCGUCCCGGAUCUGUUCACCUACUAUGACUACCCUCAAGAGAAUGGUAAUCGCGAGGAUUUGCGAUGGUUGAAGAUCGGAAAUAAGGAUGUAACGCUUGAUGCGCGACGAACAAAGAGUGAACCAUUUAGCUUCACGGCUCGGAGGUACAUGCCCUUUGACUUGGAUGAUGCUCAGCACCCGCACGAUCUGAAGUCAUUGAACAUGACGGUGCUGCAUCUCGAUUACGAUAACAAUGGGCUGGGAUCGGCUACGGUUAGGGUGAGACCGUUCGAGAAGUACAGGUGCUACACCAAGCCAUUCAACUUUACGUUCAGCUUCAACAUAGUCUAG